AUGUUCAACAACGCCGGAGAUACAGCACAAAUUAAUGGAGUUAAAGAAAUUAUCGAUCUAUUCUUAUUUAAAAUGGAGGAUACCAUAGCAACGGAUAUUGUUUGUGAUUCAAAACCAUCCACGAGCUACGAGCAUCGUAAUCACCAUCUCCAUCACCCACUACGUCAAUCAUCUACCAGUUUAGAAAGAAAAAUACGUCAUAACAUAAGAGACAACAACCCCCAUUUUUUGCCACGACUAAGCGUAGUGCUACCAAGAAGUACCAGUUCGAGUAUAGAACAAUUACCACCAGAACCUCAAAGACCGCGGUUGUCACACGGAGAUGAAUCAAUGACGGUUGUGCUGUCUGCGUUCUAUGCGAAAUUGUUAAUCGUUUUAGGUUUAGCCUUGCCUGUAACGAGCACUAUACAAAAUGAACUCUACACUAACAUUUCGUCAGAUAUCUUUACAAUGUAUUUGUAUGUUACCAGUAUGCUUUUCCUUGCAUAUACAUUUUACCAUUUGCGAAUCGCAAAAAACUCGAGAGAAGAUAACGUAUUACGUAUAAGAUACGGAAGUUUCUAUUUACAUAUGGGAGUGGCGGGAUUUAGCGUGGGGUCCAUAAUUUACUCCUGCCUACAGUUUGGCGAGUACUUUGAUCUUUCAGGCGACUGCCAGCUGAUUAUCGUCGCUUUAAAACCCGCGCUACGAAUACUUUUUAUGGUGGCUCAAACCAUUUUCAUCUUCUCAUAUACAGAUAUUUUAGACCCCAUGCGUGGAGUAGUUCUUGAUAGAUUCGGACUGAUGCAUUUAAUCGCAACAAACGUUUGUGAAUGGCUUAACGUUGUAAUACAAGAAACGAGAGACGAUAUCAUCGCAGUAGCUUAUGAUAAACCAGCGCUUCUUCGGUACACCAACAUAACGGGACCCCCGAAAAUGGUGAUGAAGGAAGAAAUAAUUACAAAUUUAACCACAGAUAAACUUUUACAAUUCAACAACACAGAUCUUAACAUAACUGAAACUAUAGCACAAGCAAAUAUAACUGCUACUAUCGAAGAAUGGACUUGCAACGUAUCCGAUAUGAUCACGCCACUUAUACGAUCCAUGAAUCCAUAUUUAAGGCCUUGCGGUGUGGAAUAUAGUUUGCUGUGCUCCAUAAUAAUAGCGGUUAUAUGGAAUGACAUUUGCACUGUUCCUGGAUCGAAAUCAGCGAAACCAUCGCCAAUUAGUGGGUUAGAAGAGGACAGGUGUUGUGGUCGAGUAAAAUCAAACACACAUUUCUCAGUAGACUGUGGUAGCGCUCACAAGGGGCUAUUCAUGGGUGUCGCGAUUUUAGCGGGCACCAUCGUCAGCCUGAUGCUAUUUAAUGGACUAUUCCAGAAGGAAACUCAUGUGGAACUUGCUUUAUUACAGAUUAACCUUUGGGAGACAAUAUUAUUCGUAAUAAUGACCCUGUCAUCUGUAGCGUGUCUUUAUAGGAUGCGUUCACUGGCUUUACGAAGGAUGACAACAGCAUUACCUUUGGAACAUGCUCUGCUGCUAGUGACACAGUGUGGUGUAUACCUUUACUACCUAUUUCAAAUAAUAGGUGCCUCGUUUCAUUUGCAUCAAUAUCCUGAAGGAAGAAGAGCAACAAGAAUAAUAUCACCGUUAUGUGCCAUUAUACAAAGUUCGUGUCAAACACUUUUGGUCUUGGACGCAUGGUCUCGCCGCUGCACGAAUCCAGGAAAGCGACCCGGACGACAGUGGGUUACGUUCCUCUUAGUUGGAAACUUUGCGUUGUGGCUCCUUAACAGAGUUAAAAAUGCUAGAGCUGAAUUUCACCCACUUCAGAUGCAAUUUUAUGGUGUGUGGGCUUGGACACUUAUAACUCACGUCUCCGUGCCACUAUUAGUUUGUUAUCGAUUUCAAGCUACUGUGUGUUUUUAUGAGAUAUGGAAAAACUCAUAUAAAGGAAAUAAAAACGCUGUAAAGGAUUUUUUACUUGAAGAUUUGGAAUUAAAACAUCAUGUGGCGUGA